AUGGCCACAGAACAGGCUAUGGAUGAGCUGAUGCAUAGCGCGGCAAUGGGGGGCGGAGCCCUAUUUGGGUGCUCCUCAGCCGGUCAUAGUGGCAUUAACCAACUUGGCGGUGUGUACGUCAAUGGCAGGCCUCUGCCAGACUCCACGCGCCAGAAGAUCGUUGAGCUGGCGCACUCGGGCGCGCGGCCCUGCGACAUCAGCCGCAUCCUGCAGGUCUCCAACGGCUGCGUCUCCAAGAUACUCGGCAGCAUUAGAGUAAUUAAUAUACAGAGUGUCGUUGAGAACGUAUUGAACAUGUUUGCAAACAAAGUAGUGCUCGUUACGGGUGGUAGCUCCGGUAUUGGCGCGGCUGCUGUUGAAUUAUUUGCCAAAGCUGGAGCUUCUGUUGCCUUCGUCGGAAGAAACGAAGCCAAACUAAAAGAUGUAUCGAACCGCUGCGAUCAACUUGGAGCGAAAUCACUAGCAAUCAAAGCAGAUAUAUCCAAAGAAGAAGAAGCAAAAACAAUAGUCCAAAGAACUAUUGACGAAUUCGGCAAAUUGGACGUACUAGUUAACAACGCUGGUAUAUUACGAUCAAAGAGUUUGUUGGAACCGGACAUUUUGGCUAAUUACGACGAAACCAUGAAUACUAAUCUACGGCCUGUUGUACAUAUCACAAGUUUAGCUAUUCCUUUCCUUAUAGCAAGUAAAGGCAAUAUAGUAAAUGUAUCAAGUGUGGCAUCAACUGCAUCCAAUGUACCUGGCCUCAUGUCUUAUAGUGUGUCCAAGGCUGGAUUGGACCAUUUCACAAGAUUUGCUGCAUUGGAAUUAGCACCUUCAGGAGUAAGAGUUAACUCGGUAAAUCCUGGACCAGUUAUAACUGAUAUCGUCAUUGGAUCAGGUUUUCCAGCUGAUGCAUUAGAAGAAGCUGGUACGCAUACACCUUUGGGACGUUCUUCAGAUACUGAGGAGAUUGGGGACAUUAUAGUGUAUUUGGCUAGUGAUAAGGCGAAGAGCAUAACUGGGUCGUGUUAUGUCAUUGAUAAUGGUUUUUUACUGAAAUAUUACGAGACGGGGUCAAUAAAGCCCCGAGCGAUUGGCGGCUCUAAACCGAGAGUGGCCACGACACCCGUGGUCCAGAAGAUAGCCGACUACAAGAGGGAGUGUCCGUCAAUCUUCGCGUGGGAGAUCCGGGAUCGUCUGCUGAGCGAAAAUGUGUGCAAUAAUGACAACAUUCCUAGUGUAUCUUCAAUCAACCGCGUGCUAAGGAACUUAGCGUCGCAGAAGGAGCAAGCGGCGUCGGCGCAGAAUGAUAGUGUUUAUGAAAAACUGAGGAUGUUCAAUGGGCAGGCGGCCACGGGCUGGUGGUACCCUGGACUGCCGGCUGCACCAGCUGCACCUGCGAUCCCUGCACCAUUGCCACCGCAGCUCAAUAGGACACCUACUGAAGAACAUAAAAGAGAAAAUGUGACAGAUUGCGUAACAGUACGUCUAUUGAACGGAAUCACUAACCCGUGCGCACAUUACCGAUCCGAGAAUCGAACCCCAGACUCAAGUGCUCCGACCAUAAAGCAAAUUAAUCAAUUAGCUGGAGGCAUGUCGACAACAUUACGAGUAACGUUUAAUUUCGCUAUCACCCUCACUUUGAGGGUAGUAAACAACCAGGCAGAUCCAUUGCAAUCGGAGGCUGGGUCAGACGGCAAUAGCGAACAUGCAUCAUCGGGAGACGAAGACUCGCAGAUGAGAUUACGACUGAAGAGAAAGCUUCAAAGAAACCGGACCUCCUUCACCAAUGAUCAGAUAGAUAGCCUUGAGAAAGAAUUCGAACGGACGCACUACCCGGAUGUGUUCGCGCGGGAAAGACUGGCUGAAAAGAUUGGAUUGCCUGAGGCACGUAUCCAGGUAUGGUUUUCCAAUCGGCGAGCGAAGUGGCGUCGCGAAGAAAAGCUUCGGAGUCAAAGACGUGACGCUCCCGCCGCAUCACCACCUGCACCUCCCACACCACGGCUACCGCUAAAUGGAGGCUUCAACUCCAUGUACAGCCCCAUACCACAACCCAUUGCGACAAUGGGAGAGUCUUAUAGUGCGCUUGGUUCCGACAGCGCGAUGUCGGGCGGGUUGACUUCGUCGUGCCUGCAGCAGCGGGACGGCGGGUACCCCUACAUGUUUGGCGACGUGCUGGGCAGCGGAGGCUACUCCAGAGCACCUGCAGCUCAUCAACAGCACGCUGCGUAUUCACAGCCACAGGGAACUGCGGGGACUGGAGUUAUAUCAGCAGGCGUGAGCGUGCCUGUGCAAAUCCCAUCGCAAGGGCCGGACCUGGCAUCGAACUACUGGGGACGGCUUCAGUGA